AUGGUGUGGUCGACCGUGGCCUCGUUCAGACACACAGGCAAUGUGCUCAUGCAAUUCAGCAUAAACAGAUACGCCACCCUGUCGACCAGUUCACUGACCUGCCGUACCAUCGCGCUCCAUACCUGCCACCGCUGCGUGGUAUCGACGCAACUCAACGGAUGGCAGGCUCAUGGGCAGCAACACCAGGCCCGUCGAUACCCCUUCGAAAACGCCAUGUUGUCAUAG